CCGAAUUUAAUACCUAAUAUUAGAUAAUUAUUUUAGAUAUUUAUUAAUGAUAUCAUGAAUAAUCAAAUAAAUAAAUUGAGGAUACUUGCAAUUCAUGGAUAUGCUCAGUCAGAUGUUGUUUUUAAAUCAAAAUUGGGUUCACUACGGAAAGCAUUUAAGAAACAAAUUGAUUUUGUAUUUUUAAGAGGUCCACAUAAAGUGCCAAUGAAAAGUAAUUUUAAUAUUGAUGGACCAGAAGAAGCAUAUGGAUGGUGGUUCAAUACAGAAGAUCAUAUAUUUAAAGCUAUAAUUCCAAGCAAUUUAGCUGUAGGUUUUGAAGAUAGUGUAGCUGUGAUAGAAAAGGCAUUUCAAGAAUUUGGCUCUUUUGAUGGUAUUUUAGGUUUCUCACAAGGUGCAGCAUUUGCUACUAUACUUUGUUUUAUGAAGCAAAAAAACUUGUUGCAAAUUAAAUUUGAUUUUGUAAUUAUCAUAUCAGGAUUUAAAUCAUUAUGUGCACCUCAUGCAAUAUAUUACAAUGAAAUGAUAAGUAUACCCUCUUUACAUGUAUAUGGAAAAAAUGAUCAAGUAAUACCAACAGAAAUGGCAAGAGAAGUUAGUGAAAUGUUUAUAAAUAAAACAGAUAUAAUACAUGAAGGUGGUCAUUAUAUACCAGGCAAAAAAGAACAUUAUAAAGAAUUUAUUAUAGAAAUGUUACUAAAUAAAAACAAAAUGAGAUUUCUUAACAUUUUAUGUUUAGAGUUGUAUGAGGUUUGGGUGAUGUACAAAAAAAAGUACAAAAACGGUAUUGAACGCACGGUGACACAGAACUCAAUGAGGACGAACGCUCUUGCUCACAAACCCGACGUAACUCCAGUUUCUCUAGACUAG